UAUUGGUACUUCUGUGCGUUGCUGAAUACCAAAAGUUGCCAAUUUUGCCGAAAGUUUGUGCUACCUAAACAUCUUUUUUCAAACGAUUUAGGGAUGGCAGGCAUAAUUCGUCGUGUUAUUGCCUCUGCAAAGGCCCCAGCUGCCAUUGGACCAUACAGUCAGGCAGUCCAAGUGAAUGAGACCCUCUACAUCUCUGGUCAGCUGGGUCUCAAUCCUGAAACUAUGGACUUCAUUAGUGACGAUGUUGCUGAGCAGACCAAGCAGGCGCUUACAAAUAUGGGAGCGAUACUUGAGGCUGCAGGUUCAUCUUACAACCAGGUGGUGAAAACAACAAUUCUCUUGGCAGAUUUGAAUGACUACAAGGCAGUGAAUGAUAUAUAUGCAGGAUUUUUCAAAGUACCAUAUCCUGCUCGAGCUGCCUUUCAGUGUGCGGCACUACCAAAGCUUGGAAAAGUUGAGAUAGAGGCUGUUGCAAUCGUAGGGGACAUACAAGACCAGUAACAGAUGUGACAGUCAUUUACAAAGAAAGCUGAUUUUCCCAAACAGAUUUGAGUUUGAUUUACAACUAAUAAUGAAUGGAUAGAGCUUGUCUUUCCACAUGAGUUAAAUGUCAGUUGAGAGGGCUGAGAGGCCUUGGCUAAUGUAGGAGAUGUAAUGGAUAUGUACCUGUAACUGCACCACUUCAGCAGUACAGAAUGGAUGUCCUUUCUGAACAAACCUUGAUCCUUGUGAACCCUUUUACAUUACUAUGGGCCUGAGAUGUAAGAUACAUGUAAUGCAUUGAUUGUCUUUUCAAGUGAAAGAUUUUGAUUGUUUGCCAUUAAAAGCCAAAACUUUACACCCUUUCAAUAUUAUGCCAAGUGCCCUAAGCCAUGUGCAUUCCAAUGAUUUUUGGCAGAAUAUCAGGGCGUAUAGUCACUGGAAUUGUGGUUUAUGGUUGAUUAUGCUAUCAUUACAGGUAUAAUGGCAGCAAAGCUGAUAUACUGAUCAUUCCGUAAUAAAGAAUCACUGGGUGAAAGAUGGCAACAAAUUGUUUACUUUUAAUUAUUUUUGUGAUGGGUUGACAGUAAUAUUUCAAUAAAUGAUAUUGUUACAAAGAUAA